CCGCUUUCUGCAAUUUCCCCAAUUUAAUCCAUUAUAUAAACCAGAAAUCGAUUACUUUGUUUGACAUUUUAUUUAUAGAGAGCGGGAAACUGAACUGUGAUUUUUUUUCGAAAAUGGCGAAUUUGGUAGACAAUAAGGAGAUUGAAGUGACAGAGAAGGACAAUCAAGUUGGAAACAUGGAAAAUAAAGACGAGGGAGCCUCAGUUGAUUUACCUGCACCUGAUGGUUGGAAAAAGAAGUUUGUUCCGAAGAAAAGCGGGACACCAAAGAGGAAUGAAAUAAUAUUUGUAUCUCCAACAGGCGAGGAGAUCAAGAACAAGAAACAGUUGGACCAGUAUCUUAAGGCUCACCCAGGAGGUCUUUCUGCCUCUGAGUUUGACUGGACCCCUGGAAGUACGCCAAGGCGUUCUGCAAGAAUUAGUGAAAAGUCAAAGGCCACAGAGUCUCCAGAAAGUGAGCCAGCGCAAAAGCGUGAGAGGAAAUCAAGCUCAAAGAAGGGAGCAAAGGAGGAUAAGGAUGCUGUUGCUGUAGAGACUCCUAAAGAGGAGCAAACUGCAGCGGGAGAAGAAAUUAAAGAAAGCACAGAUGUUGAGAUGAAAGAGGCAGAAGGUGGAGAUGACAAAAAUGCUGAAAAGAUUACUACUACGGAGGCGAUGCAGGAGGGAUCUGAAGCCAAACGUGAGGAAAUCAUUCCAGAUAGCACUGAAAAUCCCGAAGUGCAAGAAACCAAGAAUGACUCCAAUGGAAAUGAAAGUCAGUCAAAAACUACGACCACGGAGGCGAUGCAGGAGGGAUCGGAAGCCAAAGUCGAGGAAAUUAUUCCAGAGAAUAACUUCGAUAGCACUGAAAAUCCCGAAGUGCAAGAAGCCAAUCUAAAGAAUGACUCCGAUGGAAAGGAAAGCCAGCCAGAGAAAAUAACUCCACUAGUAGUUAUUGAGAAAGAAAGCUCUGAGGCUCCUGCUCCAAUAACAGGGUCCAAUGGUGAGGCAGCUGCUGAGACAGAGGCGAAGGUGGGAAAGGAGUCUUCUGAGCAGGUCAUGGUGGGGGAUGUGGUCCCCUCCAAGAACGAUACAAAAGGAGAAACCUUACAAGACAACAACAGCAGCAGUAAGGAGAGCCAGCAAGAGUCAAAACCACAAGACACCCAGUCAUUGAACUCCGAGGUAGCAGAAGAUCAGCCCAAGGCACCUCCUGUUUGCUGUUGAAAUUUUUGUUUCAAGGGCCUCCCGUUUCUAUCGCGGUGUUAUCUAUUCAAAUGGUAGAAUCUCUUGGGUUUUGUGUUCUUCCUUGUAGGAUAUCUAACUGAUGAUGUUAGGUGCUUGUUACAAUUGCUGUUGCAGCAGUCAGCAGCUUUUGUUAUAAUGCAAGCCGGAGUGGCGGGUGUCUGUAUCGACCUGAUCUUACCUAUUUCAUCAUUUGUUGUGUCAUUUAGUUUUUCUGUUCCAUACCAACUGAUCUUACCUGUAUUCUCGUAUUCUUAACAUUUGCCCUAUGUAUUUCCACGAAGUAUGAACAUUUUUCUUUCUCA